AUGAAUAUUUUAAAGUUAUUGAUAGCCUCACUUUUAGCGAGCUAAAUAUUCGCUGCUCAAGGUGCAGAUAUUACUUGCCUUUCUAGUAUAUGCUCAACAGGUACUUGCCCCAAAGUUCCAACUGUUCCAGCUGGCUUGAGCUGGUAGAAUGGUUCAAUUAAUGGAAAUUGUGCUAUUAAUAACUGUCCUGCAAAUACUUCAUCAGGACUUGUUAAUGCUUCUAAUCCCUUCUGUACAUCUUGUCCUGGUCCUACUGUCAAUGGAGUUGCAGCUGUCUUUGUUAAUAUUGGGUUUACUGGUUGUGUUGCUUCAACUGCAGAUUGUUAUGCUAGACCUGCUCAUACAUGGACUAACUCAGAUUGCCUUGCCUGUUAUGGAAAAUCCAGCUAAUAUACUUAAGUAGAUAAAAAUGGUUGCUAAGCAAAUCCACCUGGUGCCGAUGUUAGUUGCUCUGCUGCAACAUGCACAACUGCUGGAACUUGUACAGCUGUUCCAACUGUUCCUGCUGGUUUGGCCUGGUAGAAUGGUGCAAAUUCUGGAAAAUGUGCUAUUACUAGUUGUCCUGCAAGUACUUCAUCAGGACUUACAGGUGCUUCUGAUCUCUUCUGUCAAUCUUGUCCUGGAACUCCUAAUGGCUCAGUUCAAGCUGUCUUUGCUAAUAAUGCAUAAACUGGUUGUGUAGCUUCAACUGCAACUUGUGGUGAUAGUAGAACUGCUAAUACAUGGACUAAUGCCGAUUGUCUUGCCUGUUAUGGAAAUAGCACCUAAUAUGCUAAGGCUGAUAAAUCUGGUUGCUAAGCAACAGCUCUUCCUUCUUCUUCUUCUUCUCCUUCCUCUUCUUCAACAAACUCAAUGAUAAUUUUGAGCUCAGUUUUAUUUACAAUUUCAUUCUUUUUCUGA